AUGAACAAAGAAAAAGUUUUGUUAGAAAAUUUGAUUGCAUCGAAAAAAAAUAUUAAACGCAAAAUAAUGGAAUUGAAACGUAAAGAUAUAGAUUCUGACAAGUAUUUCCGUAAAGCAUUUAAACCAUUAAUUGAUCCAUUGAGAACACGAGCAGAAAAAAAUACGUCACACUCGACUGAGCUAAAAAAUACAGAAACCUUAUGCACUAGUGACGAAGAUGUUGACGAUGAAUUAAAUUCAUCAUUUGAAAAUUUUUUUAAUGAUGAUUAUAUUCCAAAACGUUAUGAUAAAUCGUAUGGUAUGCACUAUGAUAAAUCCAGUGAUUCAUAUAAAAUAGGAAAACCCACCGUAAUUUUUAAUCAUGGUAACUUGCAGUUCCUUAAUAGUUAUUAUAAAUGGACAGAAGGAUUAUGGAGUUCAUUUGAAAGGAUAUGGAAACCUAAGACCUCAAAAUUUCAUAAAUGGUCGACCGUUGUAAAACCUCUUUAUGAUCGAAUGAAAUAUGAGGAAAGACAGUUUAACGAAGAAAUAGCUAAAAUUAAUAACUCUAAAACUCGUAUUAACUUAUUACCACUCAUGAAUCAUUUGUCUAAACCAAACCCCAAACGAAGUAAUAUUCAUGAUAAUACAACCGUGACAAAUGAAUCACUUGAUUUUCAUCCGUCAGCAAGCAGUUCUAUGUCUACAGAUCCUGCAGUUGAAAAUAUGAUUAGUUUUUCUUCACCAGAAACUCAGGAAGGUAGUGGUUUAUAUAAAGAUGUAUUACCUCAAACACAACUAGUUUAUUAUGAUGAUCCGAAUGAACUAGUAACUAGAUUAAAUCUUUUAACAUCAUCACAAAGUGUUGGAAAUACUGGUGUAAAUAACGAAAUUAUAUCUAUUUUAGAAGAAUUACGUGAGAGAAAUAUUAUAGUCUAAUGACAAUAUUAGAGAAUAUAGCUGAUGAGCUACAUCGACCAGCAAGAAACAUUUUUCCUAGACGUAGCUUGGUAACAGGGUUUAUAGAUGAUCUUUGGCAAGCUGGUUUAAUAGAUAUGCAGUCACAUUCUAGACAAAAUAAUGGUUUUAAGUACAUUUUAAUUAUAAUAGAUACAUUUACGAAGUAUGUGUGGUGUGAGGCACUGAAGAAUAAAACAGCAAAGGAAUGUACAAAAGGUAUAUUAAAAAUAUUAAAAAAAAAUCAACCAAAAUUAUUACAAACAGAUAAUGGUACAGAGUU